GCACACUGCACCGGACUGCACGCCGUUCUGUGCAUGCAUCUUAAUCAUGUGACUACAAUGGCAACCAAUGGCAGGGAAAGAAGCAGAAGGAGCUGUCCAAUUCAGCACCACCAGGAGGCAGCAGCUUCUAAGCAUCCUCCUCCUCCUCCUCCUCCUCCACCUCCUCCUCGCCUCUUCUUCUCCUCUCAGCUCCGGCGAGAAGACGGGCGAGAAAGCCGCGGAUUGGCGUGUCGUUCGAGCGAGAUUAAAAGGGGGAAAAAAGAGGGGAUAAAUCAUCAAGCUAGAGAGAAAUUUAUGCGGAAGCAUUUCACCGGGACGCGCCGUCGCGCAGUGAACGACUGAGGAGCUCCUGGAUGCGGCAAGGCUCACGCGUCUUCCCGCAAAGCCCCCAGCACCUCCGCGUCCAUCACCACCCCGUCGCCUUGUCCACCUCCACCGCCGCCUUCGCGCUCCGUCGGCCGGCUGCAUGAGCGCAGAUGCCCGGCCUGCUCUCCGCCUGGAUGCGCCCCUUCAGGAGUCCGCAUGGAAACCGGGGACCAAAAUUUUAGGAGGAAGGCCAAACAACUAAGCAGGCUGCGCGUUGAUCUCCGUCUUCUUCAGCGUCUCCUUUUCUUGGAUGGAUUAUUUUGACAUGUUGUGAGGGGCGUCCAUGGUGGGCUUCUUUUCAAAAUGGCAGUUAUACACACAAAGGGUUCCCUGAAAUAUUUUAUUUAAGGUGCUUGUUUGUUUGUUUGUUUUGUGUGUGUGUUUUUUUUUUCAUUUUGGGAGAUGUCAGAAGUGACAACCGAGUGAGCAGUCAUAGCCAGAUGUCGAGUUGGCCGUUUUCCAGAAUCGUAUGUCAGUCCAUGUGCAAGCUCGUUAAGUUUCUACAGUGUGUGUGUGUUUCUCUGUAUGCGUGUGUGUGCUAGAUUAGCAUUGACUAGCAUCUAAAAAAGAAGUCCCAAUCCCAUUUUGGGGGUUCAGCCUUCAGAGGGCUUCCAAAGUAGGACUCCCUCCUGUGGGAUCAACUUUUGUAGGUCGCUCACUUGUUCCACUUUGGCGUCUCUUUGACCGCCUCCUCACAUCUCCCCAGUCCCCAUCCCCUUUUUAAGGGUCCCUCUUAUUUCUUACCUGGUCAGCGACCCCCCACCCAAAACCAACCAUACGAUUUCCCCCGAGCUCCCCUAAUUCCCCCGCCCCCCCUGCGGCCCCCCGCUACCGCCGCCCCCCCACCGCUGCUGCCCACCCCCCCUUUUCCGAGCUGGCGUGGCGACGCAAACUCACAAAUAUUUACUUCCUGUACGUGAAGAGGAAAGGGGGCCCCCCCUUCGUGGAAUGCGGCAACAUGGGCGUUUUUGACCGCGGGGUUCAGAUGCUGCUGACCACGGUGGGGGCCUUCGCCGCCUUUAGCCUCAUGACCAUCGCCGUGGGCACGGACUACUGGCUAUACUCUCGCGGCGUCUGCAAGAUCAAGAGCAACAACGAGAACGAAACCAGUAAGAAGAACGAGGAGGUGAUGACGCACUCAGGCCUCUGGAGGACCUGCUGCCUGGAAGGUUCCUUCAAAGGCAUGUGCAAACAGAUCGAUCACUUCCCGGAGGACGCUGACUAUGAGGCCGACGCUUCAGAGUACUUCCUACGUGCGGUGCGAGCCUCAAGCAUCUUCCCCAUCAUGAGUGUGAUCCUACUCUUUAUGGGGGGGCUUUGCAUAGCUGCCAGUGAGUUCUACAAGUCACGCCACAACAUCAUCCUCAGCGCUGGCAUCCUCUUUGUUUCUGCAGGCUUGAGUAACAUCAUCGGCAUCAUUGUGUAUAUAUCAGCCAAUGCCGGCGACCCUUCCAAGAGCGACUCAAAGAAGAACAGCUACUCCUACGGCUGGUCCUUCUACUUUGGCGCGCUCUCCUUCAUCAUGGCCGAAAUGGUGGGCGUGCUGGCCGUGCACAUGUUCAUCGACCGCCACCGGGAGUUACGUGUGGGCGUGCGAGCCGCCGACUACCUCCAGGGCGCCGCCAUCACGCGCAUUCCCAGCUACCGUUAUCGCUACCGCCGCCGCUCACGGUCCUCAUCUCGCUCCACCGACCCGUCGCACUCACGCGAGGCCUCACCAGUGGGCCUCAAGGCCUUUGGGACGCUGCCUUCAACUGAGCUGUCCAUGUAUACGCUGCCCAAGGGCCAGACGGGCACGCCUACGGCCACCUAUAACUCCACGGAGAGGGACCACAACUUCCUGCAGGUCCACAACUGCAUCCAGAAGGACCUGAAAGACUCCAGCAACCCUGCCAAUCGACGUACUACGCCUGUAUGAAACUAAUGGACACUUCCAAAGGGGACUUCGGGAUGGGGGGCGGGGGGUGGUAGCAGAAAAAAAGUCAGGGUUUAACGAACGGUCUGGCACUUCAGUUUCUGUUUGAGUGAAGCGGGAAAAAUGCAUAACAGCAAAAGAAGCAUGCAUGAUUCUUCCCAUCUACCAUUGUUUAACAAUUUGAUGUUUGUUAAGAUUUCCUGGGUUUGGGUGGUGGUGAGUUCUGUGGGUGGUCUCUUCAAGCCAAGAGGCCAACUUUAUAUUUUUUACUCAGUGGUCUGGUAAAAAAUUGGGUUUGCCCCUGACCUCCCCUGACAGCCCCCAGUUUGUCUUUUUAGUUUCUAUAUCUUCCUAUUUUCUUCUUGAUUUGCAUAAAUACUGUGAACCACUGCGGUGUACGAUUUUAGCAGGGAGCACUUCAGAAGCCGCAAAAAUACGCAAAAAAAACAAAAAAAGCCUACAUGUAUUGAUAUAUAUCAAACAUACGAACAUACAAGUAUACCUUUUAAGACGUCCUCACCAGACUUUUCUGGUGCAAAGACAAAAAAAAAAAAAAAAAAAAAAAAAAAAAGAAUUAAUAAAGUAGCAACACUAUGAGAGAUGCUAACGGAAACAAACCCAUGGUGAAAAUGUUUGCUGGGGAAAAAGGCUCGGUUAGUAAUACAGCAUUUUUUACAUCCAAAAAAAAAAAAAAAAAGUAAAACAAAAAAAUACGACAACCUUUUGGCCUUUUGCCAAAAGACUGGCUGCCAUCUUUGUUCAGUGUUAAUUAACUGCUGGGAGGUGUGGGAGGAGUGAACCUCUGAGAUGAUGAAUGAAGACGACUGUGGACAUUGUGACAGACUAAAUGGAGUCCCUGAAAAAAAAAUUUUUUAAAGGGGGAAAAAAAAAGAAUUUACAUGCAUGCAAAUCCAAAUCAUCCACUCUGCUUUUAAGGAA